GGUUUGAAAAUUUGAGAUAUGUAGAGUUUUUCUACUCGCAAAUCUCGUGGAAGUAGAACGAGUUACCUUAUCACUAGCAGCGCCGCUGGUUUAAGUCAGCAAGAUUGCUAACGAACAAUUGCAAGAUGCAGCGCAGAGGCUCUCCGAAUCUUUUCUUGCUUCUUUGGCUUCUAAGUUCGACAGCUUUUGGAACUGAUGCAAAAGGAGUGACUUCUGCGUCUCCAAAUGAUUACACGAGCUCGGCGCCGGGAACGCCACGCUUCGGGGAGCCCGUGGCGAAUUUCACAGCCGCGGUGGGCAAGACAGCGCGCCUCUCAUGCAAGGUCCUCAAUAGCACCAAGUUCAAGGUUGCGUGGUUCCACAUGGACAGGAAGAUGCUGCUGACGAUCCACGAGACGGUCGUGACGAGGAUCCCGCGCUUCAGCGUCACGCAGGACGGCGACGACGUGUGGACGUUACACAUCACGUCCGUUAAUAAGGAUGACCGCGGCCAAUAUAUGUGUCAAGUGAACACAGAGCCAAUAAUCAGCCAAAUUGGCUACCUCGAUGUGGUUGUUCCCCCAGAGAUCCUAGACAGCAGCAGCAGCACGAGCAGCGUCGUGGUGCAGGAGAACGGCAACGCCACCCUCAGCUGCCACGCCACGGGCAACCCGCCUCCACACAUCAGCUGGGUCAGAGAGGACCAGAAGCACAUCACCAUCGACAAGAGGAAGAAAGUGACUCGCUACGAAGGCACCUCACUGCACCUGCGCUCUGUCACGAGAUCAGACAUGGGCGCGUACCUCUGCAUCGCCAGCAACGGUGUGCCGCCCACCGUCUCCAAGCGCACCGAGCUCUCCGUGCAAUUUUCCCCGACAGUGGUGGUCCCAAAUCAGCUCAUGUCGGCACCACUCGGCACCUCAGUAACUCUACGGUGCCGCACAGAAGCUUUCCCUAAAGCCGUGACGUAUUGGCGGUAUCAAGGCAACAUGAUCAUGUCCAAUGAGAAGUACAGCCUCACUGAAGAACAGGAACACUACAGGACCACUGUAAUGCUAACUGUUAACCACUUGACCCCAGAUGACUUCGGUCAAUACAAGUGCAGCUCCCGCAACUCGUUCGGUGAGACAGCAGACACGGUACAGCUGCACGAGCUGAAAGUUCAAGUCACUGAACCUCAAAGAGAAGAAUACAUCAAAGGUACCGACUCACGAGCAGAAUACGGGGUGAACGACGUCGAGGUGUACAGUCCCCGCAAAGAGGAGUCAUACGGGGAACCUCUGCCCCCCACGGACUACGACAGUGGCAGCGUGUCAGGGGGCUACGGUGGGGUGUUGGGCAACAGGGACUCUCAUCCUCCCCGUAACCAGCAGGGCAGUCCAGGCAACUACGGCAGCCGUGGCAGCGAUGGCAGUCGCUCCCCCCAGAACAUAUAUUCACUUUUCGGGAUGAGUGCAGGGACUUGCUUUCGUUCGUAUGGAGUCAUGACGGCGCUGGCGCUGGCUCCCACGCUGCUGCUGUGGCCGCGCGUCUUGGUCGCCUUGUAUACCCUCGACGCUCACAGAUGAAGUUUCGGCCCCCAUUCAACUGCAAAUUCAAUCGUGAAUGAUGUAAAAAGUAUGAAUCAUGAGCUAUUCGAAAAUAUAUUAUUCUGAAAAUUUUUUUAAUGAACUCAACAGACAAAGUAAAACACAAAUAUCUUCAAUUGUUUUUAAAUAAAAAGUGGAGGCAAGGUCAUAGCUUGGUGACUUACAUAGAAAGUGUUGAAACUGGAAUAAAAUGAACAACCAGAGAAAGGAAAUCAUUGAGUGUUCGGAGAAAAAACUUUUUAUGCAUAUUUUGUGUUAAGUCAUUGAAUUAAAGCACGAGAUUUUGAGGUGAAACUUUAAGCGAAUGCCAGCAAUGACCGCCCUGAGCAUUUUAAAAUUAUAGUUUGCAAUAUAAAUAUAAACAUAACUACUGCAAUUCAAUUAUACAGAGACCACCGUAACUACGUGUUAACAUUAUAGUUAAUAAUGUGAACUAAAGUAAAACGAAUUGAAAUGCAGUUUAGCAGAGGACUUCAAAGGAAAGUAGUACACGUGGAAAAAUGGGUUAUUUAGAUAAACUGUAACCUUGAUCUUAUAAUAAAAAUAAUAUACGUUUAAAAACUA